CAUCAGUGUGGCGGCGUCGUACGUUCUUCUUCCGGAAAAUGCCCGAUGUGAUCCCGGCUUUCAUGUUCGGAAAUUGUCGACAAUGGCAAUAAAUCAAAUAUUUUGCAUUUGGAUUUUCGAAAGCGUUUGAUGUUUUGAAUAAAAAUGUGAUCUAAAACGUCGAUAUUUCAGCGUGUUAUGUGUACAGCCAUGUACCUGGAACACUAUCUAGACAGUAUUGAAAAUCUUCCCUAUGAAUUGCAAAGGAAUUUCACUUUAAUGAGAGAUCUUGAUCAGAGGGCACAAGAUGUACUUCAGGAAAUCGAUGACAUGGCAGACAAGUAUACUGAGGCCGUAAGAAAUCUUUCUCCAGCUGAAAAAACAGAAAAGCUCAAGAAGAUUGAAGAGUCUUUUGCCAAAGCAAGGGAGUUAUCAGACGACAAAGUUCAAUUGGCCAUGCAAACAUACGAAAUGGUUGAUAAACACAUUCGUAAGUUAGAUUUUGAUCUGGCAAGAUUUGAGGCAGACUUAAAAGAACAGCAUGAACAAGAACUUGCCAAUUCUGAUGAUGAAAUUAUUGAGCCAAAAUCACGAGGGAAAAAGCGGAAGAGAUCCAGAGGAAGAUCAAGUGGUGGCACUGAGUCAAGAAAAAAGAAAAGAAUUGAAGAACCAGUUAUUCCACCAUUAGCAGCGGUGACUGCAUUUAUACCAAGCCCAGACGUACAAGUACUUGAUAUGCCUGUAGAUCCCAACGAACCCACAUACUGUCUUUGUCACCAGGUAUCUUAUGGUGAAAUGAUUGGUUGUGAUAAUCUUGAGUGUCCUAUUGAGUGGUUUCAUUUCCCUUGCGUUGGUCUUACAACAAAACCAAAAGGAAAAUGGUACUGUCCAAAAUGCAAUGUAGAAAAGAAAAAGAAAUAAGAGGAAAUACAUCUCUGCAGAGUAUGAACAAUGCUGUCAGUCCAGCUACACAAGGAUUGUGUAUAUAGUACCAUAUGGAAGAAUUUUAUGCUAGAAUAUCUUAAAAUAUUGGCUAUUUAUUCAGCAGAAACUUUUGCUUUUACACAUGACAUUUAAAAGCUGUUUAUAUCCUUCUGUAAAAACCUUGUGCUGUGUCCACAGCCUUCUGUUUUCGUGGUCCUGCCUCAUUUUUAUGAAAUGUGAAAAACAUUUAAUUUCAACUGACAUAGCUAUGUCCCAGACCAGGAAAGGGUUGAAAUAUAUA